GGCUUUGGGGUCUUUUGGGGCCACCUCGGGGUCCCCGUGCCCCAUCUUGGGGCCUUUUUGGGGUCUUUGGGGUCUUUCUGGGGUCUUCUGGGGCCACCUCGGGGGCCCCAUGCCCCAUUUUGGGGGCCAUUUUGGGGGUCUUCUGGGGUCUUUAGGGUCUUUUGGGGGCUUUGGGGUCUUUUGGGGCCACCUUGAGGUCCCCAUGCCCCAUCUUGGGGUCCAUUUUGGGGUCUUUUGGGGGUCCUUUGGGGUCUUUGGGGUUACUAUUGGGCUUUUGGGGUCACUAUUGGGGUUUUGGGGUCAUUUUUGGGGUUAUUAGGUCCCAUUUUGGAGUCACUAGUGGUGUUUUGGGGUCACUUUUGGGGUUAUUUAGUUCCAUUUUGGGGUCAUUAUUGGGGUUUUGGGGUCACUUUUGGGGUUAUUAGGUCCCAUUUUGGAGUCACUGUUGGGGUUUUGGGGUCGCUUUUGGGGUUAUUAAGUCCCAUUUUGGGGUCACUAUUGGGGUUUUGGGGGUCACGGGGUUUUUUAGGCCUCUUUUGGGGUCACUCCGGGGUCCCUUGGUCAAUUUGGGGCAGAUCUGGGGACAUUUGGGGUCACUUUUGGGGGGACAAUUUGGGGUUUUUGGGGUCGCGUUGGGGAUUCUCGGGUCCCUUUGGGGGCGGCCGGCUCUCUGCGCUCUCACUUUUGGGGUCACUUUGGGGUUUUUCGGGUCCAUUUUGGGGGGGGAUCCCUGAGCCCCACUUCUGCCCGCCCCACAGCCGGAAGCGGGGUCCCCGCUGGCGUGCGAGGAGCGGGGGAUCUGGUUCCUGGUGGGGACGGCCACGGGGGGGGGCUGCGCUAUGGGGCAGCCCCCGACCUUCACCGCCGCCGCCCCAUACGAGCGCUGGAUCCAUGGGGUGACGCGCGAGGCCUACUUCGCCGAGCCCCCCCCCGACCCCCAAGAGGACGAGGAGCCCGACGAUGACUUCUGGGGCGCGCUGGGACCCGCGGAAGACCCCCAAGUCUGGGGGGCACCCAACGCCACCCAGGACCCCAACGUUGUGGGGUCAACCAAGCCCAUGGAGGACCCCAGUGUUGUAGGGUCGCCCAGACCCAUGGAGGACCCCAAACCCAUGGAGGACCCAAAUGCUGUGGGGUCACCCAGACCCACGGAGGAUCCCGACGUUGUAGGGUCACCCAAGCCCAUGGAGGACCCCAACGUUGUGGGGUCACCCAAACCCAUGGAGGACCCCAAACCUGCGGAGGACCCUAAUGCUGUAGGGUCACCCAGACCCAUGGAGGACCCCAACGUUGUGGGGUCACCCAGACCCAUGGAGGACCCCAAUGUUGUGGGGUCACCCAGACCCAUGGAGGACCCCAAACCCAUGGAGGACCCAAAUGCUGUGGGGUCACCCAAACCCAUGGAGGACCCCGACGUUGUGGGGUCACCCAGACCCAUGGAGGACCCCAACACUGUGGGGACACCCAGACCCAUGGAGGACCCCAAUGCUGUGGGGUCACCCAAACCCAUGGAGGACCCCGAUGUUGUGGGGUCACCCAAACCCAUGGAGGACCCCGAUGUUGUGGGGUCACCCAGACCCAUGGAGGAUCCCAACGUUGUGGGGUCACCCAAACCCACGGAGGACCCCAACAUUCGAGGGUCACCAGAACCCAUAGAAGACCCCAAACCUAUGGAGGACCCUAAGCCCAUAGAAGACCCCAAACCCAUGGAGGACCCCAGUCCCAUAGAAGACCCCAAACCUAUGGAAGACCCCAACACUGUAGGGUCGCCAAAACCCACAGAAGACCCCAAACCCAUGGAGAACCCCAAUCCCAUAGAAGACCCCAACCCCAUGGAAGACCCCAACUUUGUAGCGUCGCCAAAACCCAUCGAAGACCCCAACUCUACGGAGGACCCCAAUCCCAUAGAAGAUCCCAAACCCAUGGAGGACCCCAAUGUUCGAGGGUCCCCCAGACCCACGGAGGACCCCGAAUCCACAGAAGACCCCAACUUCGUAGGGUCCCCCAAUCCCAUGGAGGACCCCAAACCCGUGGAGGGCUCGGUGGAGGACUGAACCCCUCUCUUCGGGGUCGGUUGUGGGGUGGAGGGCACAGCAAUAAAGUGGUGGUGGUCUGCA